CGGGGAUGCGGUCUUGGAUGCCCGGGCUAUCGAUUCUCGGCUUCGGCCAAAUCCCUUUUUUGGAGACUGCGACAUCUCAGGUCGCACAGAAACGCCAAGUCGCACCGCAACGUGCACUAAGCCUCCGCUGUACCCUCCUGUGCCCUGUACUUCAAGUUAGCACUCUCGGCGCUCGACUCGCUCGGUUUCGGCGCGACACGGGCAGCGGCGCGGCUGUGGAAGCAUCGCGCUGCGGCCUGCGGCUCUCGACAUGCGGUUGCCCUCGACCGGACGCUUCCUCCUUGCCUGCGCUGCCCCGACCCCCGGGGCAUGAUCACCGCGCGCAAAAAUGACUCUCGAUCCCCUCUCGCCCGUUGCCCCGGCGAGGGUCAAGGCCCUGGUGCUGCCCGUCGGCCUCAUCAAGCGGGAGCGCUUCACCGCCUUCGUCGACCGUCUCAAUGCGGAGAAGGUCGUCUUCCUCCGAGACGUCACGCCCGAUGGCCGCCCUCACAGGAACAUGUUCUCGCCGCUGGCGUUCCCCGACGGCGCCAUGUUCUACGACCUCACGCCACACCACCCUCCGCCGUCCCACCUCUCCCUCUCGCCGUUUGACCUCUUCCGCGAGCCGCUCGCCGUUAUCGCCGUGGCCGACGGCGCCGAACUGCCCAACGCCGUCUUCAGCAAGCGGCAUUCCGGCGGCAGGACCGUCGAAGAGGCAAACAUACGAUCGCUCUACCAGGAGCUGGAGGACUUGAGAGAUCGCUAUCCCAAAAUGCUGGCCCACCAGGUGCUCUUGUUCGACUAUCUGCCGGCCAAAGAGAAUCCCAUACCAGUGCCCGAGGGCAUCAUCACGAUACCGCCUGUCGAGCAGCUCAAGCGGACCACGAUCAAGACCGUCAUGUGCGACAUAUCCGCCAUUGUCCUGGCUGAGAUGACCACUCUGGCCAAAUCGUACGAGGGCAUGUCGUUCAUUGACUCUCCCGGCCACUCCUCUGCCCAUCAGGUGAACGCAAUGGACGAGUCCGCCGGCUUCGCCAGGAGGAACUCGCAGUUUGCGUUGCCCCUCAACCGGUCGAGUUCGACCAGCGGAGUCGCGGACAGGAGUCAUGUGCGCAUGUCGAUGCCGCCCGUCACUUCGAAGGGGCAACCGUUCGGCUCGAGCAGCUCCACUCCCUCGCGGCCCUCCACACCCGUCAGCGGCAACAAACCCCUGCCGACGCCGCCGUCUACGUUUGAUAGCAUCAUCGGACCUAUGGAGUCCACUAGCGCCGAGCAGACAAGCCGUUCCCGAUCUGACUGGACCGAUGGUUUCAGAGCCCAGAGCCAAGAGCGGGUGUCAGUACAAGGGUACGGCCCGGGCGGGCUCAACGAGCGAUGGAGGAGCAAAGGAAGGUGCCGGGUUCAGGUGGUCGUGGGGUCGCUUUAUCUCCAGGCUGGGCUCUGGAACAAUGCGCUCAAGGAGCUCGCCGAGGCAGCUACCGUAGCUAAGUCGAUUAAUGACCACCUCUGGCACGGAAAGGCUUUAGAGCUCGCCCUCAUAUGUCUAUUGCUGCUAGGCUGGGCCGGCAUCGAGUUUCAGGUGCCGAGCAUCAUGCUCCCUCCGCACGACAAGGGCACGAGCAUCGCGGCUGCGCUCCAGGAAGCCGAGUUAAGAGACCCCAGUCAACCUCGCUGGCUGCGGAAUCUCCAGGUCCAUAUUCCCGAGCUGGUUGACCGCAUCAUCGGGCUCUACUCGAGGAUAUCGGCCGAACACUUACCGCCGCUGCCCUUUUCUGAGGCGGUCAUCAGGCUCUGCAAAAUACUGGCCGCACUUCACACUGCCGACGGCAGGCUCUGCCCGGAGUCCUUGGACAUGAUUGUCCUCGGCCGGCCGCCCAAGAAACCUUUGACGACAUCGCCCCGAUUCACCAUCCAACCCACUCGGACCCUGAUCGUCGCCACGCUCUUCCGGGCCUUCCCCGCGUCUUCGUCUGAGCUCCUUACCACAGCGGACCGAGUGGUGAUUCUCAGCGGGAUAGCGUCCUUGCUGGGCCACCUCGGAUUCCAGCGGAAGAAGGCGAUGGUUAUGAAAGAGCUCGUCUCGGUCCUGGUGGGCGGCUUGGUCGAGGCCCGCACACGGGGUGCCGCCGAUGUUGGCAUCCACCCGGCUGCUGGCCUGGCUGGGCUCAACGGCGCCGGCCCUCGAGAGGGAGGUGGCGGUGCGCUAGAGCUUGCCGAAGGCGAUGUCGAGCACGGAAUUGAUUCCUUCCUGGGACUAUUACUUAGGACCUAUGGGGUGGUGGGCGGCAAUGCUGCCGGGAAAUCCGAAGACGACUCUGAUGCGGCGGUCAUCGCCCGGAUCCAGAAGCAGUCUGCCGCGAGAUUCUUUGGCAUGCAGUCCGCCAAGCUCGACAUCCUCCGCGCUUGCAUCAACUUCUCCGAGGCCCUGCCGGACUUUGCCGGCGUCUUGAAGUACUCGAGCGACUUGCUGCGAACUGCUGGCAGCGGCAUCGCCCCGGGACCGCGCAGAGAGAACGCCUACCCCUCGAUAACGAGGGAAGAACAGGUUCGGUUGGUCGCCAACAUUCUGAAGACGUCGAACCUAUCGAAACGCCUGGGGAUCGGCGCUUUGACUGCCGAGUAUUGGGAUGAGUUCUUGGUCCGCGGUAUCACACUGGAAACACUGCCGCCGACGAGGAUGCCCGUGCCGCACGCCAAGACGGUCCUUCCUGGCAUAACCGCAGCGCGGAGCUCGCAGGAUGUCGACCCAUUUAUCUACAACCCCUUCUUGAAGCGCCCGGACACUGCAACAAUCGACCGGACGCUGGUGGCCGGAGAGCCGGCCACCUUCCGUCUCACGCUCCAGAACCCUUACGAGAUGGAGGUCGAGCUGGAGAGUAUCCGACUCGAAACCGAGGGCGCUGAGUUCGAGUCGGCGGUGGAGAGUACCGUGAUCGGAGCCUACCGGACGCAGAUCAUGAGGAUAUCGGGCACUCCAAAAUGCGCGGGCGCGGUCAAGGUCACGGGCGCCGUGAUCAAAGUUCGAGGGUGCCGGGAGAGGAGGUUUCCCAUUUUUGCGGACCCGUGGGCUCCCGAGGACGAGGCCAAAGUGAAGGCCAUCGGACUCGGAGCUCUCGACGUGAACGCCGAGGCCGUGUCACCGGCUAUCCAGCGCCUGAAGCCGGAACACAUUGAACUGAAUGUCAUUGCUCCGCAGCCCGUUGUGGUGAUCAAGUCGUCCACGCUUCCCCAGUCAUCGGUUAUGAUUCUGGAAGGGGAGCGCCAGUGCUUCUCUCUUACCUUGCAGAAUCUCUCCGCCACAACGCCGGUGGAUUUCCUCCUCUUCUCCUUCAAGGACUCGACGCAGGAACCUCUGCAGCUGGCGCUGAACAACCGCGAGGCAACCGCCACGGAGCUGUACGAGUAUGAGCUGGUCCUGGCGAAGAAGCAGCCGCUGAGGCUGAGGAACCGUGACGACAGCAAAAGGUUCAUCGCUCCGGGGCAGACGGCAACGUUUGACUUUGAGCUCCUCGGCCGGCCGGGGCUCACGCAUGGUCUCAUACAGGUUGACUACGCGCAUCUCGGCGUGCCGCACGACGAGGUGGCGGAAAAAUUCUACACCCGCCAGGUGUCGAUGGAACUCACGGUUACUGUCAACGCCAGCGUGGAGAUCACGCGGGUGGACGUCCUCCCGCUCACGGGCCCCAUACCGGCACCGCUGUGGUCGCGGGUCGCCAGUCCGCAGGAACCCCCCGUCGAGCUCACGGCCGACUCCCACUGCCUGCUGCUGCUGGACCUCCGCAACUCGUGGCCCAGCCAAAUGGCCGUUCACCUCGAGUCAUCGGACGGAGUGCAGGUCGAGGAGCACAUCCUACCCGGCAACACGUCCCGCGUCGUCGUGCCCAUCAGACGCAUCUACCUCGAAGACCCGCACGCCUUCAUCCCGGCACUCAACCCAGCGCGGCAGCGCCAGUUCGUGGUCAGCACCAAGAUCUCGCCCGAAGUCGAGCGCGCGAACCGCGAGGCCUUCUGGUACCGCGAGAAGGUCCUCGACACGCUCCGCGGCACAUGGCGCACCGUCUCCCCGGGCGGCCACGGCCGCCGGCGGGCAGGCGAGAUCGAGCUGCGCGCGGUGCGGUUCACGGCGCGCAUGAUCGAGGCGAUCAAGAUCGACGAAGUCGACAUCGACAUCGCCGUCGUGGACCCCGCCACGGGCGAGCCGCUGCGCAGCAGCGCCAGCAACAGCUACGUCGUGGCCACCGACGACUUCCUCCAGCUGCGCGUGCGCGUGACCAACCGCUCGGCGCGGCCCAUCUACCCGCUGCUGCGCCUGACGCCGGCGCUGUGCCACCGCCCGUUCAACGUGUCGCUCGACUUCACGCGCAAGAUGGCCCGGUUCGCGUGGAACGGCAACCUGCAGCAGGCGCUGCCGCUGCUGGCGGGCGGCGGCGGCGCGGCCGAGCUGACGAUGGGCGUCACGGCGCUGUGCCGCGGCGAGUUCGAGAUCGCGGGCAGCGUCGAGGAGGCCAGGCUGUGGACCGACCCCGAGGAGGAGCGGGCGCGGGAGGAGAGGGAGAGGGAGGAGAAGAAGGGCCACCGGAGGGAGCGGACGGAGAUCGAGGCGCAAGCGAUCAUUCUGGGCGCCGCGCUGGGGAAGAGGCAGCGGAGGGUGUGGCAUGCCAGGAGGCCGUGUCGGCUGGUGGUGAGGGAUCGGGAGUGAUGGCUCAGGACUAUGGGGGAAAGGGGGGCGGGGGUGGUUGAAUAGAACGAGUGUGGGUAACUACAUGGGACAUGAAGCUAUGGGGCACGGAGGUAGUGUAGUGUAGAAGAAGAUGUGGUUGUAACGCUUGGAGAUACCUAGGUACUUAAUGAUGUUGUCGCUCUCGGGCUUGGCUGCGGUCUAGACUCUGCAUGUCGGCAAAGCGCGGCAUAGGUACACACUUUAUCAGCGAUCUCGGAUCUUAUCUGAAAUCUUCGACCGCUCGCCACUUACCGUUUCCUCUCGAA